CUGACCUGUUUUAUGAAUGGAUGGAUGGAUGAUGUUCAAUCGAUGUGCACCGGAUGUCACCGAGAAAACGCGCAAGUCAUGGCUGGCUGGCCACUCGGCCACCGAACGACUCUAUAUGUCCACACCGCAAGACAAUCGACGACAGAAAGCGCUCGGGCGGAGCGAAUGCACAGACAGACAGACAGACACAGACGUGCAGCAGAGAAAGGGAAGGCACCAAAGGGAUACAUGGCACGGUCCAUCAGAAGGCAGGUUUGGUGACGAGUCCAGCGGGCAUGAGUGAGGUGACGGUCUGGAGGGGCUCGAACGAUACCUCAUCCAAGGGCACACCACACUGACACACAUACACACACACAUAUGGAUGGAUCAUGCUGUCAGAGUGUGUGUCUGUGGGGUGCGUUGCGUACCUCUUUGAGUUUCUCUUCGUAGACCUUGAUGGUGUCGUUGUAUGUCUUGGUGGCCCGGUGCACCUCAAACUGAAGCUCCUUGAUCAGACGAUUCUUGGAACCCAGAGCCUGCACACACACACAGAUAUUCACUCUACACCUGCCCGUCUGUGUAUGUGUGCGGUGACCUGGUCGAGUUUGGUGGAUAUGUUGGCGACUGUUGUGGGGUCGACCUGUGCCGUCCGCAACACCUCCUGCAGCUGAGCUUGCUGCAACCAAACACAAGAUAGACAGAGAGAGUGACAAUGAGCCUGGCAUCGCACGCAAAGCACAUCCAUCCAUCCAUCCAUGUGCCAAUCAAGACAGCACAGCAGUCGUCAGCUAGGAGCGAAAGGUACUUGCUUCACAGGUGCGGCCAGACUGUCUGGCCAUCCUCGUAUGAACUAUGCGAUCAUCACUGGCCGCCGUGCCGCAUGCCAUCCCAUCCCAUCUGUGGUCCCGCCCACGCCCCCACGCACCCACCUUCUCGUUCAUCUGCGAGGUGAGCAGGUCCAGCUUCUUCUCGAGCACGAUAUUCUUGAACUCGGCACGCCGCCGGAUCUCCUUGACCUGCACUCGCACACACACACAGCCACACGGAUGCGUGAGUGCGGCGGUGUGGCGUCGGCUCACUCACUUACCCCCUUGUUGAAUCGCUUGUAGAGAUCGUCACGCUCCUUCUCGACCUGACACACAGAGUGUUCACAAUGGAUUGACGGGAUGGAUGGAUGGAUGCCUGUGUGUCCGUGUGCCUGUAAGUCUGUCAGUCUGUCAGUCUGUUGGGUUGCUGGCUGGCCCUGCCUUGCACCUACCUUUCUGAAUCGCUCUUCGAGUGCUCUGUAAUCCUGCUUGGCGUCCUUGAGUGUCUGCUCCAUGUCCACACACCGAGACUUGAGAUUCUUCAACGCCAUCUUGUCCUAACACACACACACACACACACAGACACAGACACACAGACACACACGCAUCGAUGCCGCUUGAGCCUCUCUGUCUGUCACUCACCGACCUUUGUGUAGUUCUUGAGCUGCUGUGUGAGCUCUGCGCGUAGCUUCUCCUUCUGUGCGAGCGGCUCGGCCAGCUGUUUCCUCUCUGCCUGCAGCUGGAGCAUCUUCUUGUGGUGCGUCUUCUCACGCUGCUUCAUCUCGUUGAUCUCCUCCUGAACGAACGGAAGCACAGACAGCCACACACACGUCAGGUCAGGACAGGCACCCGAUUUGUCCGUGUGUGUGCUCUGUGUGCCUUAAGUGAUCUGAUGAGCUGGAGGUUGUCGUGUGUGAUGUCGUUGUAGUAGGCCUUGAUCUGAUCAAAGGCCUCCUGGUGAUUCCUGACACACACACACACGCCGCCCGCCACGAGUUCACACGCACUCAUCGUCGGCUGCUUGUCUUGUUGGCUUGCUGACUUACUUCAUGAGGUCGUUGAUGUGUUGGUUCUUCCUCUCCUCUAUCUCGUGGAUCUCCACCUUGCGACGCAACUCAAGGUCCUCACGCAACGACUCCAACUGAUCACAUACACACACACGGGCACUCACGAGUAAGCUGAAGGCCUCAGUGAGUGCGGCUCAUCCAUCCCCCUUCACACACACCUGUGCCUCAUACUGCGUCUGCAGUUGUGUGUGGUUUCUGUCGAAUUGCUCUUUCAGUUUCUGGAAGUUCCUAUCGAAACCGUCCUCGAUGCGCUUCACCUCCUCCUCGUUGGCCAAUCCCAACUCGCGGAAAUCAUACUGCAGUGACGUCUUGUCCUGAACGAAUGAACACACGCCGCCCACCGGACACACACAUACACAGAAGGAGAGAGAGAGAGAGAGAUGAACAAUCCGAAUCUAUUUGUGAACGCCCGAAGCUAUUUGUGAAUGCAUUGAUCCCUCCCUCUCUCCGUCCCUCCCUCCCUCCCACACGCACCGCAGCGAGCCCCUGGACGUGUUGGAUGUGGUCGUCUUUCUCCUUUUGUAUGUUGUCCUCUCCCUCCGACUGUAUGAGUUUCUUCUGCCGCUUGUGCUCAUACUGUAGGUGCCUUAUCUUUUGCUCGUAGACGCGAAUCUCCACCUGGUGGUUCUUCUCGCUCGUCUCGAUCUCCUGGUCCUUGAGCAACAGAGCCGCAUCCAGCUGGCCGCUCUCGUCCUUGGUCACCUCGUAGAACCGAUUCACCAUGUCCUGAUAAAGUGAUUGAUUGAGAUCAGAUGAGUGAAUCAACACACAAAGAGAGAGAGCAUCAAGCCGUCUGCCCAUUCAUCGUGCUGUCUACUGAGUUGUUUGAGUCUUUCUUGGGUCAGUCAGCUAGUCAGUUACCCGUUCGAGCUGCAUGUAGUUUCGCUCGCUCAUGGAUUUGUUGAGCCUCUGCUGGUAGGCGUCGAUGCGCUCCCGCAGCUGGUCAACGCCCAACGAGCGCAGCUCCACAGGGAUGUCGGCCAGCGGGUCUGCAUCGGCUUUCUUGUCCUUCUUCUUCCCCUUCUUCUUCGGCGCCAUCCUUUCAAAGCGAUAUUAUUAAUUGGUAGUGGCCUUGAGGUGGCACUGCAGGCAGUCCACAGUGUGGCCGGGAGGCCUCCUUUCGCCUUUUCC